CGUCGCCCUAACAGCAUGGAGGAUCGGAGCGAAAAGGCAAGCUUGUCAGAAGAAUACCUGCCAUGAUACUCAUUUGGAUUUAUAGCACUUUCGAAGUCCAUUGUGUAAUUUUUACUGAAUCUUCAUACCGUGGAUUUAAUUCUGUGUCAAGAUGCAAUUGUUGAGGGUCGCCUGUUUAGCGUCGGCUGCGUCGAGGAGCCGAAGCUUCACCCUGCUAUGUCAACCACAGUGUGUAAAGAUGUAUACUUGCUUCUGGUUUCAUUCGUCGGGCCUUUGUCAGACAACAAGGGAUUUAGAGGAAAUGCCAGUGAUUCGCGUCCCUAAAUACUUGCAAAAUCGAGUUGAAAGCGUGAAAGUAAUUGGUGGCCAAAAUAACAUCCAUAACGUUAAAGCUGGUCGGUUACUUAUACAGAGCAAAAACCCGACCCUGAACCAGUCUGCAGCCUACAUCUUCGGAAAAUUUGAAAAACCCGUGCUAUGUUCAAAAGGGUGGAAACACAAUAAGUCCUAUGGAGAUUAUUUUGCUAUUAACAAAACCAGGUCAGUGGCACCGUAUAUUGAGCCUCAGAAUGAGGGUGAAGAAAAUAAAACUUGCGUUAAAUUCAAUAACUUUAGCAUAUGCAAGGCCCUUGUAGAUGUACUGGACCGACUGAACAUUACCCGCCCCACCAAAGUUCAACUGCAGACCAUUCCAAAGGUCAUGAAAGGUCACAAUAUUCUCUGUGCUGCAGAAACGGGAAGUGGCAAAACUCUAAGUUAUCUUCUGCCUAUUAUUCACAAACUACAAGCUCAAAAGACAUCAGAAAACAACGCUGAGGAAUGCAAGAUUCACACCCUAAUUUUGGUGCCAUCAAGAGAGCUGGCAGAGCAAGUGGCUGCUGUUUCCAGGAUGUUGUGUCGGCCAUUUGGGAUUGUGACCAAGACUGUGGGUGGCGGUCGGGGUGUGGGACAUAUCAAGAUGUUGUUCAGGAGACAAAUUCCAGAUAUUUUGGUGGCUACACCCGGGGCACUAGUGAAGGCUUUACGGAGACACUGCCUUGACUUAAGUGAGCUGAGUUUCUUUGUUGUUGAUGAGGCAGAUACGAUGUUUGAUCAUAGCUUUUCUGAUAUGUUGGAGACCAUCCUGAAAAGUGCAAACAUCUCGCGUGAUCCAAGCGAGACUCAUGGCCUAGGACACAAGGCUCAGUUGCUUGUUAUAGGGGCCACUUUUCCUGGUGGUGUUGAAGAAAUUCUCAGUCAGGUGACCGAUCUUGGUAAGAUGAGAAUCAUAAAAAGUAAAAUGCUUCAUUUUCUCAUGCCUCAUGUUAAACAGACUUUUAUUAAAGUUAAAAGUGCUGAAAAGAUUUUGGAGCUCCACCAGGCCCUGAAAGUACAUGAAAACAGUAACUGUGGUGUGUUGGUUUUCUGCAAUAAAUCGGCCACAGUGAACUGGCUAGGUUACUCACUGGAGGAGAUGGGAGUCAGACAUACUCGGCUGCAGGGAGAAAUGGCAGCUGCUGUGCGCAUGGGAAUCUUUCAUCAGUUCCAAAAGGGAACAAUAAAUGUCUUGAUUUGCACAGACAUUGCUUCCCGGGGUUUGGACACAUCUAAGGUAAAAUUAGUUGUCAACUAUGACUUUCCUCACAGCCUUGCUGACUACAUCCACAGAGCAGGGAGAGUAGGAAGGGCUGGGGGUGAAGAACAUGGGGAAGUGUUAAGUUUUGUCACUCAUCCUUGGGAUGUUGAGCUGGUGCAGAAAAUUGAGACUGCUGCUCGUAAAAGAACAUCGUUACCAGGCCUGUAAAGAAAAUCAACAUGAAUCCCCCUUUCCCCAAAUCUAAUGUGUAAAAAAAAGUCCCAUAGAUAAAAAUUUGUAGUAUUAUAAUAUUCAUUUACAAUUUAAACAGUAUUUGUGUAUUUAUGGUGCCUUUUUUCUUAUUAUUUUUUGUUCUUUCUUCUUUAUGGCAAUUUAAUAUCUGAAUUUCAUGUUGUACUCACAAUUGGCCACUAGAUGGAAGUAUUAACUUUUAAUACAGUCACAAAAUUAUUUGAUAAAAAAUUGCUUUUAUUAUGUUUCCUUUCAAACUUCAGUUGGAAUUCAUCUGAAGCAUGGUUGGCGCUGUUAGACAUAUUCUCUGUCAGUGCUUUUUAAACCCUCACGCUCUCCUCGGGGUCACAUUGAGCCGAAGAUUUUUUUUUUUUUCCCCGCUCUCUUGGGACGGGUUAGUCAGACCCAAAAAUGUAUUUUCUCGCCUGGCGAGAAUUAAUUUGAAAAUAAAUGUAUGGGUCUGAUUGACCCUCCCCAAGAGAGCGGGAAGGAUUUAUUUAUUUAUUUUUUUCUUUCUUCGAGUUAAUGUAACCCCGAGGAGAGCGUGAGGGUUAAGGGGGAAACAAACCAUCACACUUAAGGUCACCACACCAAAUUACAAAAUAUAUAUAUUUUUUUAUUGGUUUAUUUACUUCAUCAGACAAACUAGGGGUCAUUCAUAUAUUAGUUUAAUUAGUUUGUGGGUGUAGCUCUCGGUGUUUGCCCUAUAACAUGUUAAUAAAUAAAUAAUAAAGUCAUUGUGGGAAUACUG